UCUCCAUCCGGGUGCCGCGGCGCGGAUAAGAGCCGGACCGCGCCUGCGCGCCGCGCGCCGCUCCUUCGACCUCUGCCGCCGCAGUUGCCGCCGCCGCCUCCCGGGAAGAGGGGAAGCAGAAGAGCCCACGUCGCCAUUCACCCACGUCCUCCAGCCGCGCCGCCCCGAAGACUGUAAGAUGUUCGCCUGCGCCAAGCUCGCCUGCACCCCCGCUCUGAUCCGAGCUGGAUCCAGAGUUGCAUACAGACCAAUUUCUGCAUCAGUGUUAUCUCGACCAGAGACUAGGACUGAAGAGGGCUCUACGGUAUUUAAUGGGUCCAGGACUGGUGUGUCCCACCUAAUCCAAAGGGAGUUUCAGACCAGUGCAGUCAGCAGAGAUAUCGAUACUGCUGCCAAAUUUAUUGGUGCAGGUGCUGCCACUGUGGGAGUGGCUGGUUCUGGUGCUGGUAUUGGAACAGUCUUUGGCAGCCUUAUCAUUGGUUAUGCCAGAAAUCCUUCGCUGAAGCAGCAGCUGUUCUCAUAUGCUAUCCUGGGAUUUGCCUUGUCUGAAGCUAUGGGUCUCUUUUGUUUGAUGGUUGCUUUCUUGAUUUUGUUUGCCAUGUAACAAAUUACUGCUUGAAAUGUUGGCAUUCAUAUUAAUUACGGAUGUAAUUCUGUGUAUCUUACUGUGACUCCGAAAACUAUAGUGUUGGUGUCAUGGAAAUGUACGUUAUUUCCAAGGUCAUUUCAUUAAAGGUAAAAACUUUAA